UUAUUAGAGGCAAUCUCAAAAUAAGGGCACCGCCUUGUCCUGUGUGCCACCACCUCAGCCACCAGAGCCACCAUUACCGCCACCGGCAGUCCACCACCACCAUCCCCAUCUGCAAUUCAGUACAUAACUAGAGUACGAUAAUCGAUGUCCCCAAAGAAACUCCAUCAAUCUCAAAUGCCGGUGGCCAAGGCUGCCUUAGCCCCAAAUAUUCCCGAAGAACUCACAGUCGACAUACUCUUACGUCUUCCGCCGAAAUCCAUCGGUAAAUUCAGGUGCGUCUUGAAGUCAUGGCGAUCUCUACUCUCCGACCCACUAUUCAUCACAGCCCACCUCACUCUUCAUCUCCAUUACCCCCAAAAACUCAUCUUCUUUUCUUCUUCCCCUGUUCCUCCCUCUUCACGCAGCAUCUACACCCUAACUUUCACUACCGCUGACAACCCUGGUUCCGAAGCUGUUUUGCAAAAGCUCACCCUUUCAGAGAACAUUUUAGAGAAUACAUCUUCGAAGUACGCCUCAAUUGUUGGUUCUUGCAACGGGUUGGUGUUGGUGUUAGGAUUCAGAAUGGAGAUAGGCUUCCGGGAUACAAUGUAUUUGAUAAACCCCACCACCAUGGAGUUCGUGAAAUUGCCCGCUAGCCCUUUGGUUCGGGAGGCUGUUCGAAUUGGGGGUGCAUUGGGUUAUGAUAGUUCUAAUGAUGAUUACAAGAUCGUUACUGUCUCGUGUGAUGAACCCACGAGUAAUGAAACUUCUGUUGAUGUUUUUAGUUUGAGGAGUGGAUCGUGGAAGAGAAUUAAUAGUUUGCCUUAUCAUCUUGAUUUUCGUUCUUCGGUUUUCUUGAAUGGUGCUAUACAUUGGUUGGCUCGCUCUGAUUCUGGAGAUCAUUCAGUAAUAGCUUUUGAUUUGACUUGCGAGAAAUUUAAUCCAGUGCCAAUUCCUAGAGGUGAAUUUGAUCCUCUUAAGCUUGCAGAUUUAGGUGGAUGUCUUGCAAUGGUUGUGAAGCAAACAUUUCAUCAGAUGGAUAUUUGGAUGAUGCAGGAGUAUGGCAUUGGAGAAUCGUGGACUAAGUUUAGUGUUCCUACACCUAACUACUUUUAUUUCAAUGAUAUUGUUUGCCUAUUGGGGGAUGAUAAUGUUGUUUUGAAUGUUAAGGAUCAGAAAUUGGUUGUGCAUAACUUGACAGAGAACACUAGGAGGGAUAUGGUGGUUGCCGGCAUUGGAGGUCACUUGAGAUACCUUAUUGGCUUUUCUGAGAGCCUUGUGUCGCCUAUUUACUACUGUCAGAAUUGGAGAGCAACAUAAUCUUGAGGGUUGACGGUGCAAAAUCGAUUAUAAGGCCAUUUCUCACUUCAAGAUGGAGCAACAUACAGUAGAUGUUGGUUUUCACCUGAAGAGGACACUGACUGCCUUCAAGGGAGGAAUGUAAACUGCUAUUUGUUGUGCGUACCAUUGUCUGCCCCCCUUGUUAGUUGCCCUCAUGUGCGAAUAUUGUGUAUUGCUUGUUUGAUUGAGUUGUAUAGGGCACAAGCAAAGUGGCCUAUAUUUUCACAGCAAAGCUGUGCAAAAGUCUUUGAGAACUUUGGUUGACAAAUAAUCUUCCACCUUGUGUCAAAAUGUGAAUUGAAAGGGAAGCAUAGAAGCAAUUUUGUUCUUUUUA